AGUUGCCGGCGCCGCAAAAACACGCGCUCACGUUUCCAUGCGUCUCCUCGGUCAGAUGCUCCUCUGUGCUCUUAUUCAUAUUGGCCAAUCACUAGUAGGCUGAUAGGAGGUAAUUGGAUAAUUAUAUUUCACCUAACCGAGACGCCACCAGGAGAUUUGUUAUAUAAGAAGAAACCAAAGUAAGGACUGUAUACUCUUUACAGAACCAUAGGCGCUGCUUUGCGCGUAGCUGAGACUCAGUGAGCAUCAGUGGCGUUGGACUUCAAGUCACGUUGCAUCAGAGUAGAUGGGCUCAUAGGCUGUGCCAUGGAGGCGAGAGGAAGUGGACAGGUCUGGGUAUAGCGCGAGACAUUUUAACCUCAUCUGCAGUCAUCUCCAGCAGGACUUCAACACGUCUGCUGAAGCUACUCCUGCCCACGGGAUUAUUAUAGGCAUGGGUUUUCUUCAUUCACUCUGCUCUCAUUGCACUGUGAACGUCGAUAUGGAAUGAACGGAUGAAACUAGCCAGUGUGGAUCUUCGUGGCAUCGCGUCCUGUGACUUGCUCGCCCCAGAGUGCCGGAACACAAUGGGUUAGAUAGAAGACACGGAUGGACCAUCAUUUACAGAGAGCCCGAGUUUACAUUCAUCUCACAGGGAAUAUACAGAAAACACAUGACUUUUUCUGCGCUGCUCUUUGAUCAGAAGUGAAGAGGACUUGGACAUUUGACUCUCUCCGCUAAUCCAAUGAAAGCAUCGGGAUGCGCUAUUGGAGGAAGGGGUCUUGUAUGAACUAUAGGCUUGUGGCAAGGAUUCACUUGGAAACGUCGGUGUGAUUAAAAUUGAUCCCCCUCCCCCCUUAUUUUUCUUACAUUCUCAAAUGCCUAACGCUUUAUCAUCCCCGGGGCUGUAAUGAUAGUGAUGGGAAAUAAGCGACUUGAAAACCGCACCGGUCUGUGAGGAGAAAUUUAAUCAGAUACAGGAUAAAAGAAGAAGAAAAAAGUUCCAUCCUAAACCACGACGACGGAAUGAAUCAGUCUGGGGGCUUUGCUUUUACUUUCUGGAGAAGGACGGGAAGGGGAAUGUGGAGAGAGCGCUACUGGUGAGGUUGUGCGUAAAACCAUAAUCCACAUCAGCAGUCAGCGUUAUUAAAGAAUGAGACACCGACGCCAUUCGGGAUCUGGUUUGAUUUUUUGUGUCGUGCCAGGAAAAGUGCUGGCUUCUGUCGCAGUGAUGGACAAAUCGGUGUCCGGUUAAUACGACAUGCUUUUGUAGCUACUGCAUCAGAAAGUGGCGCGCGUCAGUUUGAUAUUUCAUCGGAUGGAGAAAGUACACCGAGCAGCACAUGGAUGCGCAUGUUGCACAUUUCAGACUUGGUGAAGGAUCUAGAGAUUUUGGUUUCGAGGUGUAGCCUGAAGUCUGCGUGGUGAAAAACUGUGCGCAGGAGAAUUGCGGAUGGAGUUUCGUCGCGUUUGUCGUGGGGAAGGAGUCCAAGAGCGCGCUCCCUGCCUUUGACUGGUUGACUGAGAUCAUUUUCAGAAAAGGUGAGCCACCAGGUGAAACUGAGUGUGAAGAUGUCCAGAGACUGCUGGCACUGUGGAUAGUUUGGCAGCUUUCCCAUUACAACGCACCCCAAAGAGUGGACAGCCAUCCUACGAAUUAUGAAUGUUGAACAAGAUGACCUUCUUCCUACAGCAGCAGACGAUGAGAGGUCCUAGGUGGAACCGGGCCUUUUCCGACCCAUUGUUUAUACUGUUGUUGGCCUUGCAGUUGCUAGUCGUCGCUGGCUUGGUGAGAGCCCAGACUUGUCCAUCCGUCUGCUCUUGCAGUAAUCAGUUCAGUAAGGUCAUCUGUACACGUCGUGGCCUGCGAGAUGUACCAGACGGUAUCUCGACAAACACCAGGUACCUAAACCUACAAGAAAAUUUAAUCCAGGUGAUCAAGGUAGACAGCUUCAAGCACCUACGGCACCUGGAAAUCCUGCAGCUCAGCAAGAACCAUAUCCGUAGCAUCGAGAUUGGAGCCUUUAAUGGAUUGGCCAGCUUAAACACACUGGAACUCUUUGAUAAUAGGUUAACUACUAUACCUAAUGGAGCAUUUGAGUAUCUGUCAAAGUUAAAGGAGUUAUGGCUGCGUAAUAAUCCUAUUGAGAGCAUACCAUCUUAUGCCUUCAACCGGGUGCCCUCACUGAGAAGGCUGGAUUUGGGUGAGCUGAAAAGGCUCUCAUAUAUUUCAGAAGGUGCUUUCGAAGGCCUAAGUAACCUGCGUUACCUGAACCUUGGCAUGUGUAAUCUAAAGGAGAUACCUAAUCUCACACCUCUGGUACGUUUAGAUGAGCUGGAGAUGUCAGGAAAUCAGCUCUCAAUUAUACGACCAGGUUCUUUCAAAGGCCUUGUCCACUUGCAGAAACUGUGGAUGAUGCAUGCUCAGAUCCAGACAAUUGAAAGGAAUGCCUUUGACGAUCUUCAGUCACUUGUGGAACUGAAUUUGGCUCAUAAUAACCUUACCUUGCUCCCUCAUGACCUCUUCACACCGCUGCACCAUUUAGAGAGAGUGCACUUGCACCACAACCCAUGGAAUUGUGACUGUGACAUUCUCUGGCUUAGCUGGUGGCUAAAGGAAGUGGUUCCAGCCAACACCAGCUGUUGUGCUCGCUGCAGUACUCCUGCUAGCCACAAGGGACGGUACAUUGGUGAGUUGGAUCAAAACUAUUUCCACUGUUAUGCACCUGUCAUUGUGGAGCCACCUGCUGAUUUGAACGUGACAGAGGGCAUGGCAGCAGAACUAAAAUGCCGGGCAAGUUCACUGACAUCAGUCAGUUGGAUUACCCCCAAUGGGUCUAUCAUGACACAUGGAGCAUACAAGGUGCGCAUUUCUGUGUUGAAUGAUGGGACAUUAAACUUUACAAAUGUCACAAUGCAGGACACAGGGACGUAUACAUGUAUGGUUAGCAACUCGGCAGGCAACACCACUGCCUCUGCUACGCUAAAUGUAUCCUCAACAGAGAACAGCAGUGUCAGCUACUUUACCACAGUGACCGUAGAGACAACUGAACCAUCAACUGAUGAAGGGCACACCAUAGUACCCCAGAAAGUGGGUCCAACUCCUUCUUCUGGAGUGUGGGAGACAUCUUCUGCACCUUCAUCAACCACAACCACAACAACCCGAACUCAAGUCUCCACCAAGGCCACUGAAAAAACAUACACCAUCCCAGUCACAGCACUGGGAGAUGGCUCCCUCAACACCCUAGAUGAGGUGAUGAAGACCACUAAGAUUAUCAUUGGCUGUUUUGUGGCCAUCACACUAAUGGCUGCAGUUAUGCUGAUCAUCUUCUACAAAAUGCGCAAACAGCAUCACCAGCAGAAUCACCAUGCACCAACACGAACCAUUGAGAUCAUCAAUGUGGAUGAGGACUGCAUGACUGCUGGACCAACCAUGGAGGGUCAUCUGACUCUGCCACCUCUUGAGCAUGAGCAUCUUAACCACUACAAUACUUACAAGACAGCAUACAAUCAUGCAUCCACCAUCAACUCUAUACACAGCUCUGCACACGAACCUUUGCUUAUUCGGGCCAGCUCAAAAGACAAUGUACAAGAAACCCAGAUCUGAACACUUUUUCAUAAUGGUAAAAAAAAAAACAAAAAAAACAGAACCCAUAAUAAACUAAAAGAGAAAUAUCUGACAUUUUCAAUGUAAAGAAAAUGGCCCAAAGUACUGAUGACAUGGAAGUCCAUGUGCAACAAAUAAGCGAAUGAUGAAGGCAAUUCAGUGACUUUGGGCGCUAGGGUAUGUUAAUUGUUUCAAAGUGUCUUUACCUAACAGAAGUUAUUUAUUUAUGAAAAAAAAACUAUUGUGGUUAUUUCAAGGAAAAAAAAAGCAUUCUGCAGUUAUUUUUCCAGCAAUCAUUUCUCCAUGUUUUAUUUUAGGAUUGGUAAGAAUGGCUGGUUUACUAAUAUGUUUUAAAACUCUAUGUAAAUCCUCACAAUCUUUCAUUUCAUACUAUGCGCUGAUUCAGUAAGUUAUUCACACCUAACUAUGAAAUUUCAUUCUAGGUUCUCGUGGUUUUUUUUUUUAUUUAUUUAUUUAUUUUUAUCAGUCACCACCUUAAAGUCCUUGCAUGCCAUUUUAGAAGCUACUGUCCCACGCUAAGCAUCUUAAUGACCAGCUGCUAAUUCUAAUGAAUUUAGUGCUUGAUUAGAGCUGAUCAUGUAAUUGUCAGAACAUAUUGUUCUGGUUUUGAUUAAAUCAGAUGUGUGGUUGGCUUUUCCAUCUCUGGGUUUGGUGACAAAUGUGCCAUUAUUUAAAAACAGGUGAAGUAUCUGUGAAAUAUAUGCAUUACAGUUUCACUGGAAGGUAAAAAUUUAGGCAUAAUAUUAAGCAGAAUCAAAUGUGGUUAAUACAGUUUAACUUGUAGCAAUUCAGAGAGAAUGCUUGUGCUUAAUCUUAAAACUCGAUAAUCUUAAAGUUCUCCUGUAUCAUCUUAAUUAUUUUAAUUAUCAAAAAUCUGAAUGAUGCCAGUGCCCACAAAACUUACCACACCCAGUUCAUAGUGCCAUAUAACCUCAAUCAGUUUCCACACUCUUAUAAACCUGUCCAAGUUGUAUCUGUUUGUUGUGUUGUUGUUCCAGACUCCUUCACCUUUGCAAGUUCAAAUUCACUUGAGAUUAAACCCAGUAGAAAACUUCCUGCACUUCACCACAUUUUGCCUAUAAUAGGCCAUUCAUGAGUGGGUCUCAGAUAAAGCAUGGCUUAUGACACAGUCCCAAGGAACAGUAUAUAUAGCAGUGGCUUCAAGCAGAUGUUAGGUUUGCAUCGGUCUCAUAGAUUGCUCCAUUUCCAUUUUAAACAACAUGUUAAGGGGGAUUGCUGUGGACACAGUUUCACAUACAGUAGAUCCAUCCUGGUCGCCAUUCAAAGUCUGAUGCUUGAAAAAUAAGCCAUCAAUAUGAAGGCUGUGCUAGUACCUUCAGGAUCUAAGGCUAUCCAAGAUUCCCCCAGUUGUCUCUUUAUUUAUUAUACCUCCAUUUUCCUUGUUAACUAUGUUUAAAUAAAAAGCAUUGAAUAUUUAAAACAAAAUACACUAUGCAGUUUGCAAGUGGAUGAAAAGGAUAAAAUGCAUCCCACCAAUGAUUAAACAUGUAAGUGUCAAGAAGUCUUUAGCCAGGAAAGCAUCCUCUAAAGAUGUGAAAUAAUAAUAAUGAGCUGGCCAACACAGUCACUAUGGUAACCAAUGACCAUGAGCGAGAAGGUAAUAGCUGAUGGAGCACCCACUGACCUGACACUUUAAUGUAUUUAGAGCUAAAGCACAUGGAGAGACCCAAAUUAAUGCCAAAAGAAGACUCAUUUGAAGUGCAUUGUUCAGAUCAUAAAACCGUUCUUGAAACUGUUUAUCAGUAAACAUGUUAGCAUAUUGCAUUUGUUUGGUUCAACACAGUUUAAUAAUCAUAAACAAAGUCUCUGCUGGACAACUGCAGUGGGCUCAGAAUUCCAUGUCUAAAAAGCAUCAAUGAUCAAAGCUCAAACAUCUAUGAGCCAUGAUCAUAGCUUUGAUCAGUCCUCAGAGAAAGAUGAUUAUAAUAAUAAUAAAAAAAAAACAUUUCAAGUAAGACACAUAAACUCACAUCACUCACACGUCACUUCAUACAUUGUGGCGUAUGAAAAAUUCUAAUCACACACAAAAUGCAUACAGUGACUCCAGUGUCCAUGAUUAAUUCUGUUGCAUUUAAUAUAAAUUAGGUAAUAAUAAAAAAGUCAUAAGUAAAAUCAUAAUAAAGCUGAUUAACCUAAACUUGCUAAUCCACGCCUCACCUUUUAUAUCCCAUAAUACCAAUGGACUCAUGAAGCCAUGGUUAUAUAAACAUCUCCUACCACUGUUGAAAAGAAAUCUGGGUAAGAUUAAAGAAAGGAACUUAUGUUUCAUCUUAAAGAGCUGCACUUCCAAACCCCAUUUCAUAUCCAAUGAUGCCAACCUUGUAAAAUUUGAUGAUUAUGCUAAUAAUGCCUUGAGAUCAGCACAUUGUUGUGUGUAUUAUCAACUCUUGUUUUGUUUGUGAACUUAGAUCAUUGUCUUAAAAUUCCAUUCAUAAGAAAAGUCUUUGUCCUUUUGUCUCAUAACCGUGCUUUGAUUCAGUUUUAGUUCUUUCUCAAAAGCUCUAUGGUGAAUUCUUGUGUGAUGGCUUUUUUUUUUCUUUUGUCUCAUUAUGAAAGCAUCUUUUUUCUAUUGAAGAAGGAGCAAGUGAAUUUCUCUCUGUUCCACACAUUUUUUUUCUUCUUCUUUAAGAAGGAAUGCUGUUCUAGUGAUAGAUUUAUAUAAAAAUACAUUUUGGGGGAAAAAGGGACUUUUAAUUUUACAUGUGCCAACCUGUUUCAAAAGAUGAAAAAGAAGCGUGUUGUAAAACACAAAAUUGAUUUUCAUGUAAGCAUACUUUCAUGACCUUUAAAAAAGAUCAAUUAUAGAAAAGGAGUUUGUAGUUCAUACACAAAAAUAUGGUUACAAAUAAACUAUUGUUGUUUUUUUUCUGUA